UGUUGUACACGUUUGGUUUCAACAUACUCGAGCUAGAGAAAGAAAAGGUGAUAUCAAAUUUGAUCCAAAUUCAAAUCUAAAUGGUUCACUUAUUAAUAAAAUACGUCUUCAUUGUUCAUUAACAUUUGAAUUAAAAUCAACAUUUGAAAAUCUUUUAUGA